AUGCGUCAUUCGGAGCAUCUGACGCGUAUGCAACAACUUGAGGAAGGUCGUGCUGCAAAAUUAAGAAACAUAAAGUACGUUCGUCUGAAUCACCGACUAGCGAAGUACAUGCGUGCAUAUCAGGUUAAUAUGACCAGACGCAGUGCAAGCGAUCCCUCCAAUGUGUGGCUUGUAACAUUGCCUUAUCUGGAUCGAGUGCAAUACUUGUUGUCCGACACAGAUUCAACGGGACUUCGAAGCAGGAAAUCAGCUCGAUACCAGCAUAAGCAUGUUGUCGAAAGUGUCAACAAGAAUGUCGCUACAACUGCUGCCGCACACCAUGCGCCUAGAGCUAAUGAG